UCAGAAACCUGUUACACAUUCUGCAGAUCGGACUGAGGUUGGUUUUUAGUUUUAUUUUCGUUUCCCCCUUUUCUUCCAUUUCUGCUUUACCCAGAUUUUUGGCGUUUCAUGAUCAUUUUGCUUUGUGUGAUUUUAGGGUUUCAUUUGUGCAUUUUGUUUCAUGUUUUUAAAUUUUUUAGUUAUUUAUUGUUGCUUUUUAUUUUUCCAUUUGAUUCUGGUCUGGGUGUUGUUAUUUAAUUUUGUUUUGUUUUCUUUAUUUUUAGUGUUUUUUUGUGCUUACAGGUUAUGUGUUUUGUUUUCGUUUUUGGUGUUUUCAAUCAUUCUUCGUUAGUUUCUUUUCAGUUUUUAAAUAGUUUGUUACUGGUAUGUUUUGAUGUGUUUUCGAUUUUCAUAAGUUUUUGUUGUUUGCUGUUAUGUUUUAGAUUUCAAAAUUAUUUUCAAAUCUUUGCUCUAUAUUUUCCUAUAGUUGUAUAUGUUUUUUAGUUUGUUUGUUGUUUUAAUAUAGUUUUGUUGUUCUUUUUAUACUGCAUUUUUCGAUUUCUUUUAGGGUUAGUUGUUUACUGUUUUUUUUAUGUUUCCAAACGAUUUAAGGUCUUUGCUGUUAUUUUCUGUGUAGUUGUUUGCCAUUGAUAGUUUGUUUUUAGUUUGUUUGUAGUUGUAUUACAGUUUUCAUACUGUUUAACUCAGGAUUUUUAAUUUAUAUUGGCCCUUUUUUGUUAUGUUGCAGGUUUGGGAUUUGUAAAUUUAGUCCUUCUGAUUUUUACAGAUCUAAGUGUGUGUGCACCAGUGUGUAUUCUGUGAUAAAUAAUAUUAAAAACACUUUAUCUGUUAAUUUGCUUUCUUUGUUUCGUCAAACUCAGUUUGGGCAUUUUCUGGAUAUGCCUGAGUUUGUUUUUCACCCACAAGUCGUUCAUAGUUUACUACUAAGGGAAGUUUUACAGCCUAAUCCUAAGGAGUUUUGGGCUAAGGUUGCUGGCCGUUGCAUACGGUUUAGUGCCGAAGAAUUUUACCUUAUUUCUGGUUUAGAUUGUUUCGGUGAUUGCAACAAGUUGUUGUUUUCACAGGAAACAAAUCAAUUGGUAGAAACUUGUUUCCGUGGUGUAAAAACUAUUGACAACAAAGCCAUCGAGGAUGCUUUUUUGGGUAGUCGGUGGGGUUUGGAUGAGUCUAUUGGUUUGAAAAUGGCUGUUUUGUAUUUCAUUCAGUGUUUUCUUCUUAGCAAUACUCCUGACAAAGAAGUGUCUAGGUUUGUUCUAGAUAUAGUUGAUAGCGGUCGGUGGGAUGAGUAUUGUUGGGGUAGGGAAUCAUUUGAAUUGACAAUUGACUCAUUCAAAGGUAGGAUUGAGCAUGGUAUCAUUAUGAAAAAUAGAAAGGCAGAGAAGGGAGGCCAAUAUGAUGGCUGGUAUAGGGCAUUGGGAUGUCCUUGGGUUUUUACUGUUUGGUUUUAUGAAUGCUGUCCUGCAAUGGUGAACUCUUUCUGUAAGAGAGUUUCAUCUUCUAUUCCCAGGAUUCUGAACUGGAGCAACACCAUCGUCACCAAAAAUCCAACCCUUCGAGACUUGAAGGGCAAGAUUUUUGAUUUACCUUUGGAGAAGUUGAAGAUAAAAAACAUGCGUCCUACUGAUGAAGAGAGGCAGCAGCUUCAACUUGACGGUCUAUUUCUCGAUGAAUCUAUUGAUGAACGUGGUGUAGUGAAGCAAUCCUUCGAUGGUGGCUCAUCUUCAAAGAAGUCUGAUUCAGCAGAUAUUGAUUGGAUGAAAUCUAAGCUGGAGAUGCUCAGUUCGAAUCAAUCAUCAUUGGCCGAGGACUUCAUUUCGUUGAGGUGUUUUGUUGAUUUUAAUUUCAAAUCUGUAAUGACUGUAAUUAAGGAUAUCCAAGAGAAGGUUAAUGCCAUUCAUCGUCGUCCUUCUGACGAGGGAAAGUCAUCGGAUGAAUUAGUAACUCAAGAUUCUGAUGAUGAUCCUGAUGAUGAUGAUGAUGAUGAUGAUGCCGAGGAUGAUGACAAGCAAUUGCCUGAUCCAGAAAAUAUUGAUUCCGACUCCGACGAUGGUGGUGAGUUGGUUAAAGUUGGUGGGGAUGCUGAUGAUGCUGACAAGGCUGUUACUGCUGUCCCUUCUGCUGAUGUGAAUCCUUCUGAGGAUGUUGGAGGGAGUGAUAAAAAUGUUAAGGAUGUUGAGAAGCCGAAGGGCGAUGAGUCUCGAUUGAAGGGGGACGAUUUCUUUGAUGGGUUGAGCCAGCUUGUAAUAGAUGAUGAUCAAGUUGUGUUGGCUGGCUUGGAGAAUUUGUUUCUUUUUGGUUGCUCUUUAGUCCCCGCACCCAAUCCAGAUGUUGUUGGUGAAAAGUCAGAUGCCAUUCAUACUGAUGAAGAAACUGAGGAUACUGUCUCUGAUACACCUCUGUUGGAUAAGAGGAAGCGUGCUCCGGCCUUGAAAUCUCCAUUUGUUGAUUUCGGGUCCGUCGAUGUUGGGAGCACUCCAAUGGAGCUUAUGUCCUCAGGUUCUCAGUCUGCUGGGGAUGAUAGGGAUUUCAAAAUGGUGACUUAUGUGAAGGGCCUUUAUGCUCUUAAUGAUGCUUUUGCUGAUCCCGUAUCUACCGAGAUUGAGGCAAAAUUUGACUCUUGGAUUGGUGAAGGAUUGCUUAAACAUCCUGCUUUUAUUCCCGUUUUAAUGUUUGUUUUUUGCUGUUGUAGGCAUUAUAAUUGUUAUGAAGACGGCGCAAAGAAAUUUACCCCGGGUUUUAGGCUAGGUGUUGAUUAUGUUGAGGAUAAAACUUGGUUUUACCAUUUGGCCACAUGCGACAUGUUUAUGAACGACUCGCAUAUGAACACCAUAUUCUAUUACCUUCGGAAAAAAGGUAAGUAUUCUUCCGCUGUGACGUUGAAUUUCGCAACCACUGAUUGUCUUUUUGAUGAUUCCAUCCAAGCAUUGUACCACAAAUUUAACAAGGCCAAGUCAAUGAAGACUAAGAUGUCACACAUUCACGCUGCCCACCCAAUUGCGCAUUAUAUCCGAGGUAUGCGCAUUCCCUGUUCCAAGCCUUGGUAUGAAGCCGAUCACGUGCUUUUCAUCAUCAAUUUAAGAAGGGAAAGUCAUUGGGUUUUUGGGCGUCUUGACGUGCACGAAAGGACGUUAUUUCUGUACAAUUCUUUGAGAACCGCGAAGAUGAAUGCCGCAGCUAGGAAUGCGAUGAAGGCUUAUUCCGUGUUGUUGCCUUUGUUUUUCGAUUUACUUGGGUUCUGGAAGAAUAGAGCACAAGUUCCUGCCUCAGUUUCUGACCCUACAGCUCCAUUCAGAAUCGUGGAGCUUAGUGGUCUUGCGUCUCAGCAGAAGAAUGAUUGUGGAGCAUAUGUUGCUGCCUUUGCCGAAUUCUUUAUACACGGAAAGGAUGUCCCCGAGACUUUGACAUCGAAGUUUAUCGAACCCGACUUGCUGCACUUUUCUACUCGUACGGACAAAGGAAAAUUGACGAAAGUAUUGAUAGCGAGGAUGAGAAGCAAUCCAAGUCUUCUAAGGCAUCUAAAUUGA